AGCUCCAGCAACCCCAAGUAACCCCCUUGCCAAGCAAACCAGACGGCACCUAAUUAGACUUUGCGAGCUAAAACCAAUUCUUGACCCCCGAAGAAUCGAGAUCAUGAUGCAUCAUAACGGCUCGGGUGGGAUCGUCGCGGGCCUGGCAUGGUGCAUUUGUCCUUCAAAGUCCCCCCCCUCUCUUAUUGUAGCACAGCUCGCUGCACCACCAACAAACCGAUUUCUCCGUUCUCCGAGAUCCCUUUGACCACUUAGGUAAUCAUGCCUGACCAGUCCGCCCAGUUGAAUCCGCUUUCGUGCAAAAGAUGCAAACACAGAAAGGUCCGGUGUAGUCGUGGGAUGCCAACAUGCGAAAGAUGCAAAACCCACGAGACAGAAUGCGUCUAUCCUCAAAGAGUCAAGAGAAAGGUCACUCGGACAUUGACGGACCGUCUAUCCCUUGGCGAAUCCAGCACGACGGAUGACGCCCUGUCGGCCAUACUCGAAAGGUUACAGCGCGUCGAGAAGCACUGCACCACCCUCCCGAAUGGAAACCAAGAUCCGGAAUCCCGAGACGGGCCCCCUGCUUCCGUGGCUGCUGAUCCGCCCGCCGCCGCCCCGCCGCUCCGACAACGUACUUCAAGCUCCAACAGCGCCCCAUCCAACCUAUCCUCUCCCGCUCCCUCGAAUGUUGCCGGUGGGCAGGCAACUUCGCCGUGGACGUCAUUUGCCACGCCGAGUGCGAUUCCUGAACUCGAUGUCGCGGCUAUUCUCAAGGAUGCCGUUGAUCAAGUGCAACGAUUGAGAUUGCAGACUGUGUCUGCUUCGGUCAUCACUCAGAAUGUCAAGAUCCCUCCUGAGUUGGCCAAGCAAUGGAUCAAAAACUACUUCACGCACAUGCAUACAGACAUGUUCCUCAGUCUUGUGAACCCAAAACUCAUAGAGAUGAUUCCGGACCUUCUUGGCAUACCGCACGUCCAUCUCGAUCCAGCUAUUCUUGUAGUGUACUAUGGAGUCCUGUAUCACGGCUGUGGUCUAGGCCCGACGAUGCGGGAAAUCGAUGAAGGCCUAAGGUACAUCCGGACGCUCUACAUAUGCUGUCUUCGAACUCUACCACUUUGGCAACGUGAGGCAACAGGGUCCACGACCGACCUUAUUGCCGCUCUCACCAUGUGCCGCACCGCAGCCGAGUGCUUCGAUGAAGAACUGGCUUGGAGAAUGUACACCUACGCUUGCGAGUACGCGCAAGCACUCAACCUGCACAAUCUCGAUGCCUACAUGGCGGCGAUCGGCCAGGACGAGAGCAAACUCGAUGCCGAUCGGAAGGGCUUCUGGGAGUUGAUCCAAAUUGACUUCUUCUUCAGGUUGCUGUUCAACCGCCCGCCAGCCAUCACAGACAGCAUGAAUACGUGGAAGGUCAACUUACCUUGGCUAUCGUCGGGUAGCGCGCCGCCGGACCUCAAUGCCGUCCCGACGGUGACGUUCCUGAUGGGCUCAAGACUUACGUUCAUUUUGUCGCACUUCUUCCAGGAUCUUGAGUCACCGGAUUGCAACGAGGAGACCAUUCGGCCCAAAGCUGAGGAGUACUGUCGAGAAAUUGGCCAGCUCUUUGAUGAAUACCAAAUCGAAGACUGGAUCCAAAGAACAGUAGCAACAGGCGCAAAAACCGACGGCUGGUUGCUCGGCGACGUAGCCAUGACCGGUUACACCUACAUCAUCUUCAUCCUGCGCAAGCUCGCCGUCCUCACCUCCAAUUCGCCGCGCCCCGUGUCCUGCGAUGCCGAUAUCCCCGACUCCCCACUAGCCGUCGAGGCCUCGAGGGGCAUGCUCAGAGUCGUGCGGGCCAUCCUUGAGCAUAACCCAUAUCCUGAAACCAUGUGUGUGAUACUAGGCAUCUACCGCGCCUACGUCUCGUACGCUUGCCUCCUGGACCAGGUUCUGCGGGCCGUCGACGUAAGGAGCCACUACGACGACAUUGAGCUGUUGGAAGGGAUUGGCGAGGUGAUGCUCAAGGGGUCCAGAGACGAUCGGGACUUUGUGCCGUUGUUGAGGGCUAUACAGAGUCUUGGCAUGGAGGUCAAGAGGAGGCUGAAUGAUGUUGCGGCUACGGGUUCAGUUGCGAAUGCUUUGACUCCGGUGAUGAGUACAGGGGUUGAGUCUCUGGGGGUUGGCGCUGGAUGUUGA